UAUAUAUCUUUCUAUAUUCCCUUUUUCUCCAUCCAUCUCCAUUUUCAGAGAAAACCAACACUACAAGUACCAAACAGUUUUAGUCUUAUCAACAAGAGAAACAAUAGUGAAAGAGACAAAGUCCCUUAUUAUUAGGGGUCCAAUUAUCAUCAAACUCUUCACUUUUUCUCUAGUAUAUUUGUACUACUACGCACUAGCUAUCCAAAACUCAAAUUCUUGUAAAACUAUAGAGAAGCAAAAAAAAUAAAAAAAAUUAGAAAGCAAUAUGGGACGUUCACCUUGUUGUGAAAAAGCACAUACAAAUAAAGGAGCAUGGACUAAAGAAGAAGACCAACGCCUCAUCAGUUAUAUUCGUGCUCAUGGUGAAGGUUGCUGGCGUUCUCUCCCUAAAGCUGCAGGAUUGUCAAGAUGUGGAAAGAGCUGCAGAUUGAGAUGGAUAAAUUAUCUAAGGCCUGAUCUCAAAAGAGGGAAUUUUACUGAAGAAGAAGAUGAAUUGAUCAUCAAACUCCAUAGUUUGCUUGGAAACAAAUGGUCAGUUAUAGCCGGAAGACUGCCGGGAAGAACUGAUAAUGAAAUCAAGAACUACUGGAAUACACACAUUAAGCGAAAACUCAUCAGCCGCGGCAUUGAUCCUCAAACUCACCGGUCACUCAACACUACCGCGACUAUCUCCACCACCACUGCCAUCACAACCACCAUUCCCACCACCACAACAACCACCAAAAACAUCAACAUGGAUUUCGAAAACGUUGAUCAAAAACCUAAUAUUAUUAUUGCCACGUCAUCAUCAUACGAUGAAACAAAAUGCAGUAGUGGUACUACUGAGGAAACAAAGCCACUAGACAUUAUACCAAAAAUACCCUCAUCACAAGUUAUGAUAAAUCUUGAACUAUCAAUAGGGUUACCAUUGCAUACUGAUCAUAUUUCCUCAGCUGAAUCAACUGCCUCAUACAACUUCUUAGCCACCGUAGCACCGCCACCAACGGUGGCAGUGCCGGUAGCAGCCACCGCAUCGGAGACGGUGGCAAAAACAGUUUGUUUAUGUUGGCAAAUUGGAUAUCAAGGGGGUACUCAGUAUUGUGGUAAAUGCAAAAACACCACUGGAUUUUACAGAUAUUACUGACCUUUUUGGAUAAUUUUAAGUUCGUACUUUAUUUUAAUUUUUUGUUGAAAUACCAUUUUGUGAUGAUAAGUGAAUAUGUUAUUUUUAGGUUAAGAUAUUAAUAUUUUUUGUUUUUCAUUUUUUGCCUUCUAAUUGUAAUCAUCCACUCACAAACCUUUGUUAGUACAAUUGUUGCAACAACUUACCAUGUUAUGAAUUGAAACAUGUAUUUAGUUUUCCAA